UAAAUUGUUGUCAUCACUCAGCUUGACAUUUAACUAAGUACAUCAAAAAAUGUUUAACACUUCACAGUGUAGCUAAAUCUGUGCUGAAUACUGGACUUUACUUUAAACUUUAAUAUGGUUUCAAUGAUAUGAAUUACAAGGGAUGAAUAUUUAGGUAUAGAUCAAGGAUAACAAGAUUAAUGACUUGACAGUUUUAAACAUAAGAUACUUGUACUUCUGUUUAGUGAGUACAACAAGAAUAUCACCAUGGUUUUAGCUGAUACAAGUAAAGGUGAUAUAGGCUGGAAGAAAUGGCUGGUUGCCGGAUGGGCAUUCAUGGAAUGUUUGUUCUUUGCUGGACUUUUAUAUGGAUGGGCUUCUAUAAACUUUGUACUGAAAUCUGAAGGUAUAUACGCUGACUUAUGUGAAGAUACAGUCAAUAGUUCUUUCCUAACUUAUUCUGUGAAUAAUAGUGAAUCAUCAGUAGUGAAUGUGGUGAUGUUAAAUGCUACAACAACGUCAUCAAAUAUGUCUGAAGUCUCUGCCAAGAAGCAACCGUGUAAACCUCAGGACAGUAAAAUGGCGCUAUGUUUUACUGUUGGAUCUGCCAUGUUCUGUAUUGGUUGUGCUGUCUUGGGUUAUAUCCAUUUCCGGUUUGGAACUAGAGUAACAAGAUUAAUUUCCUUUACAAUGUUUGUGUCUGGUACUUUGAUGAUGGCAUUUAUUAGCAAGGAGAAUCCAUGGUUAAUGUUUCCAGGACUGUCUCUGAUGGGUACAGGUGGUCUUCCUAUCUUAGUAACAAACACACAGGUAUCCAAUUUAUUUUUGGCAGGAAGUUCAUCAGUCGUAGGGUUACUGUGUGGUGGGUUUGAUAUGUCAUCUGCUGUCAUGCUUAUUGUCAAGAUUGCAUAUGAGAAUGGUUUCAGCAGAAUGAACAUGUUUAUUAUUAUCACAGUAAUGCAUUCCCUUUUCUUGGUCAGCACAUUUUUCUUCCUUCCAAAAGAUUUUAUAUCAAAACCUGUUGUAAAGCAAGGUAUGGAAUCAGAGAUUCCUGAAGAUGGUGAAGCUGGGAUAGAACUUCUGAAGCAAAAUAAUCAAACAGGGGAGGGAACUGCUGCUAAAACAGAAUUACCAAGUUUAUUGAGUUGCCUAAAACAGACAAAGUUUAUAACACAUGUCAUCUGGCUGUGUAUUCUACAACUCAGAUUCUAUUACAUUUUGGGCACACUUAAUCCAUAUUUAAAUAGAAUCUUAGAUGGAGAUGAGAAACAAGUAAGUUAUUUCACAGAUAUUUGCUUCUAUAUCAUGAUGGGUGGACUGUUGACCUCAUUUCUCUCUGGAAUAGUUUAUGAUUCACAGAAAAGAGUAUUUUCAGAUGGUAAAUCUCAGAUGUACAGGGAAAUCAUGCCUGCAGUAUUACCAUUGGCUCUAGCAAGUGGUCUAUCUGUGUUGUUGUCUAUACUUGUCCUCAUUCCUGUAACUGAGGUACUUUAUCUUACCUUCAUAGUGAUGACAGUAUAUAGAUCCUUCCUGUAUAGUCUAGGUGCAGCAUUCCUCAGUGCUAUAUUUCCAAGUGAAUAUUUUGGUAUGUUGUAUGGAAUCAUGAUAGUAUGUGCAGGUAUAUUCAGCAUUCUACAGUAUGCUUUCUUCUCAUGGGCCGAGGCAUAUCCCGAGGCUCCACUGCAUGCCAACAUUUUCCUUCUUUGUUUGGUUUUAUUUUCGUUUGUACAUCCUCUGUAUCUUUGGAUCACAUGUUGGAAGGAAGAGAAGAAGUUCAAGGUUAACUAAAGGUCAAGGUUGAACAGAGCUUAAAUUCAACUAUAGGUCAAUGUUGAGGUGAGGUUAAGGUCAACUACAGAAGAUAAGAUGAUUGAAAUGGAAAAAUUAUUUCGAAAAACUGUAAAUCAUGAUGGUGAGAGGGAGAGAAGAUUCUUCUAUGUUUUCAGACAGAAAAAAUUUGACCACUGGAGACUAUAUGCAUAACUGUAUCAAAAUAUGAGAAGGAUAUGUACCUGGUAUGAAAAAUUAUGGGUUUUUGUUUACAAACUUUUACUAAAUAUCUUAUGUUUAUUUAAACAAAUGACAUUAUUAUAUUACAAUUUUUAGUAAAUAUCUUAUGUUUAUUUAAACAAAUGACAUUAGAUCCUAAUAAAGUAAAUAAAGUGUUAGAUGAAUAACAUGAUUUACGUAGAUAAGUUUGAUACUUUAAAGACUUCAGAAAAGAAUUUAUUGAAAUUGUGAUUUCACAUAAUAGUUUAAACACUAUUUAUAGAAGUUUGAUUUUGAAAAAAGCGUAUUUGAACCAUAUUGAAGUCUUACCACUACUGAUGACAUUUGAGGAAACAUAAUCAUGACAAAAGUAGGGUUGAUUCCUACCAUACCAGUGUUGGAGAGACAGAUACCUUACUCAAAGGGCCACCACUCCCCUCGAUAUACUUUAAAUUCAUAGGAUCAGGUUUAGUUAUCAUUAUAUCAUUAAUUUAAAUAUUUGUUGGGUGGCCAUAUUGAAAUUGCUAUUUUCUUGGGUGAAAGUUUUCCGCAUUGAUAGGCCUAUAUGUGACGCAGUUUAGGUUAUAUAUCAAGAGCUUCUGGGGGAAUCCGGUUUCCUGGACACCCAGCCAGGGCUUUGGCCUGGACCCACUGGGGUUCCUGUGGCCCCCCCCCCCCCCCCCCCACUAAAA